ACGUUGUGUCUUUUGGCCCCAGGUGCCUCCGCUCUUUAUCCAAGCUUCACUACCAGGCUUGUUAUCCUCAUUCCCAUGCAGUAGCUCUUCGCUGCAGCACAGCCAGCAUGUUCCAACUAUCGCCAAUCGUUGUCGCGUCUGCCCUCGGUCUCGCCGGCUGCUCAAUUGCCCAGCAGUAUCCUCCGCCCGUCACCUACGAUACCGUCCUCAAGUCACCCAUCAACCCUAAUAUCACCAUCUCAUACAAGGAACCAGAUCCGGGCACCUGCACCACUGUCUUCCCUGCCCAGAAGCAGUACACGGGCUAUGUCAACCUCCCUCCCUUCACGCUCGAGCCAUUCCAGCAGGACUACUCCAUCAACACAUUCUUCUGGUUCUUCGAGGCCCGCACCGAACCUGAGACCGCGCCCCUCACAGUUUGGCUCAAUGGCGGACCCGGCAGCAGCAGCAUGAUUGGUCUUUUCCGCGAGGCAGGCCCUUGCGAGGUAGUACAAUUGGCAGACGGCUCUUAUGGCACACAAGCCAGCACAUUCGGCUGGGAUCGCAGCUCCAAUGUGCUCUUCAUCGACCAGCCUACUCAGGUCGGCUUCUCCUACGAUGAGGCUGUGAACUCGACGGUGGACUUCCGCACGGGAGUCAUCGCCUACCCCAAAUCUCUUCCACGAGAUGACCCACCAUGGGUCUUGGCGAACGGCACUCUCUCCUCCCUCAACCCAAACAACACACAGAACUCGACCGUCAUUGCAGCCAGAGCUGCCUGGCACUUUUUACAGGGCUUCCUAUCUGCAUUCCCUCAGUAUAAUCCUGGCCAACAUCCCAACAGAACGACAGUUGAGCCCGUCGGCGUCAAUCUGUUUGCCGAGAGCUACGGUGGCCAGUACGGUCCUACGUUCGGCGACUUCUUCGAGGACCAGAACGAACGGCGACGCACCGGAGAGAUUCCCGCGAACAGCACCCUUGAGAUCAAGCUCAGCUCGGUUGGCAUCAUCAAUGGCUUGGUGGAUGCGCUCAUCCAAGCGCCGUCCCUAGGCAACUUUACGUACAACAAUACCUACGGCAUCCAAGCGAUCGACCAGACUGAGUGGUUGAACCUAAUCAGCGACUUCAAGGCUCCAGGAGGGUGUCAAGACCUUGUCACUCAAUGUCGCAAACAUAUGGCAGCUGGCGACACCGAAGGCGAGAGCUUCGAUGCUGCAACUUCGUCGGUUUGCGCUGAAGCCAGCAACGCUUGCUAUGGGAUUAUGGGCGAGGCUAUCAACGAAGCCGGCAGGAGCGCCUAUGACAUCCGCGUCAUGCCGCCUAACUCGUUCCCUAGCUACGCUUACCUGGAGUAUCUGAACAGUGCCGAUGUUCUGCGGUCUAUCGGAGCAAAAGUCAACUAUACGGAGACGAGCACAGCGGUCUACAACGCCUUCGGAGAAACUGGUGAUAUCGUACGCGGAACGCAGGUGCAGAAGCUAGCGGACCUUCUUGCCCGUGGUGUCCGCGUAGCUUUCAUCUAUGGCGACGCUGAUAUCAUUUGCAAUUGGUACGGAGGCGAAGCUGUGUCUCUUGCUGUCGCUCGUCUCUCAGCUUACAACACCACGUUCCCGGCCGCCGGUUACGCCGACAUUGUCUCCAACAGCUCCUAUGUCGGCGGGCAGGUCCGUCAGUACGGCAAUCUCUCCUUCUCCCGCAUAUACGACGCUGGCCACACUGUUCCGUCGUACCAACCUGAGACCGCGUUCACCGUCUUCACUCGCAUCAUCCAAGGCAACGAUAUCGGCAUGGGAAAGGAUGUUGAUCUCUCCACUUUCGGAACUGAGGGGCCCGCGAAUUCUGAUCACGCAAAUAAGGCUCCAGCGCAGCCCAAGAGCACCUGCUGGAUCCGAGCUAUUAACGACACUUGCAAUGACAAUGAAAAGAGAGCCAUCAAUCAGGGGUUGGGCAUCGUGAAGAACGGGAUGUGGUUUGCUCAGGACAGCCAAUACACUCCCUCUGCGAGUUCGGUGCUCGCCGGCAAGCCAGGCAGUCUUCCCACCAACGGUCCUACGGCUACUGUACGGAAUGGCAACCCUACGACGACCUCGAGUAUUGCUCUGACAGGUGUUUACACUGCUACCGGUACGCCUAAGCCAACUUCGGGCGCCUCCCGACUCUUGUUUCGUGUUCAGACCAGACGCUUUCGCCAUGCUGAACGCGACGCGCUCCUCGAUUAUGAUAAGUUAGAAGGCGAUCAAUCGAAGGAAGUGAGGACAGGUCUUAUCGCGGCACUCGCUGCUGUCGGAGGACUCCUGCUGCUGUGAGUUUGCAUGCCUAUAGGACAUUACCUCCAACAGUAGUCUACUUAUGCCUUCACUCCCCUACCAACGCUUCAUGGCAGGGCAAAGGCCUCUAUAAGUAUACUAAACAGGUGCAUUGUAGGCUCUUACUACUAUCGACUUGCUGCCUAUGUU